AUGGAAUCAUUUAACGUAUCACUUUUGGCUGGCACAAUUCAUUUUAAUCAAUCAUACAUUGAUUAUCAAUACCAAUGGUUUCAAUUUUCCACAUUUCUUGCAAUUGUUCCUUGGAUUUAUAUGAUUCCAAGUUUUUUUGUCAUAUGUUACAUUUUUAAAAUCUAUUUGACUUCUAACUGGAAGAAAUCGGAACCUGGGAAAAAUCAACAUGUUUUUCUUGUUAUCUCUUUAUCACAAUUCACGUGUUUCCUUUUAUUUUUGACGGAUUUUCUGAUGACAAGGCUUCCGUCUACAGGAAUAUUUACUUCUUUUUGUGCAAGUAUUCCACCAAAUCAUUAUUUGAAAAUAAUAUUGGUUUCUGCACUAUAUUUCAAUUAUUUGGCUAUGUCUUUUCCAUUUUUGUUACCUGUAAUAAGAUUAAUUAUUGUAAUUUGUCCAAAAUCUCAUUCAAAAAUAAACACCAAUAUUGUCAAAUUUGCGAUUCCAAUUAUUCUAUGCUUUCCUUUAUGCUUCACUUUUUAUUUUAUUCCAGCCCUGGGAGUAUGCAAACAAUUUGCAACUCCAUAUCCAUUUGGAUCGGUUUGGAUUUACUACAUAAAAUCUGCUUUUGGGCUUAGAAACUCAUUUUUUCAUUUAUAUAAUAUAGUAUUUUGGAUGAUUGCUUCUAUUAUAGCUAAUGGUUUACUAUUUUUUAAAGUUGCUCAAGCUAGAGCGAAAUUGAUAAGUGCACAAAGUGGAGCAUCAAAGAAAACUCAUACAUCUAUAACAAUGACUACGCUUGCAAUGAUAAUAUUUUAUCUGACAAACGGUGCAUUUUUGCUAGUUUACAUCUUCUCUUACGGAACAAGUGUGUAUAUUUCUUAUUCCGAAAUCAUUAGGUCAUUCGGAAAUGAUUUACAAUUUUGUGUGGUCACGUGGGCAUUUUAUUUGACACAUCCAUCAUUUCGAAAUAAUCAAUCUGUGAACUCCAAUAAGAUUUUUUCAACAAGUUCAUUCAGGAUAAGAACAAAUUUUUUUUAG